AUGGCGGCGGAGAAUUGGGUGAGGAUGGUGACGGCGCAAACGCCCACCAACAUUGCUGUGAUCAAGUACUGGGGAAAGAGGGAUGAUAACUUGAUUUUGCCCGUCAAUGACAGCAUCAGUGUCACUUUGGAUCCGGCCCAUCUCUGUACUACCACCACUGUUGCCGUCAGCCCCAGCUUUGAUCAGGAUCGGAUGUGGCUCAAUGGCAAGGAGGUUUCCCUUUCCGGAGCCCGAUAUCAGAAUUGUUUACGAGAAAUUCGUGCCCGGGCUUGUGAUGUUGAGGAUGAGGAAAAGGGUGUAAAGAUAGCAAAGAAGGAUUGGGAAAAUUUGCAUGUCCACAUUGCUUCCUAUAACAACUUCCCAACUGCUGCUGGAUUAGCUUCAUCUGCAGCAGGCUUUGCAUGCCUUGUUUUUUCCCUUGCAAAGCUAAUGAACGCAAAAGAAGAUAAUAGUGAUCUCUCUGCCAUUGCUAGGCAAGGUUCUGGGAGUGCAUGUCGCAGUUUAUUUGGUGGAUUUGUGAAGUGGAUCAUGGGAGAGGCUAAGGAUGGGCAUGACAGCCUUGCUGUUCAGCUAGAAGAUGAGAAACACUGGGAUGAACUUGUUAUUAUUAUUGCUGUGGUAAGUUCACGGCAGAAAGAAACAAGCAGCACUUCAGGAAUGCGGGAAAGUGUUGAUACUAGUUUACUUUUGCAGCAUAGAGCUAAGGAAAUUGUACCAAAAAGGAUUGUCCGAAUGGAGGAGGCCCUAAAAACCAAGGAUUUUGGCUCUUUCACUGAACUAACCUGUGCUGAUAGCAAUCAGUUCCAUGCAGUCUGCCUGGACACCUCUCCCCCAAUAUUCUACAUGAAUGAUACAUCCCACAGGUUAAUUAGCUGCGUUGAGAAAUGGAACAGAUCUGAAGGAACACCUCAGGUAGCUUACACCUUUGAUGCUGGUCCAAAUGCUGUCCUCAUUGCACGCAAUAGAAAGGCUGCUGCUCAGCUCAUGCAAAAGCUGCUUUUCUACUUCCCUCCUAACUCUGAUGCAGACCUGAAUAAUUAUGUGAUUGGAGACAAGUCAAUUCUUAAGGAUGCCGGGAUUGAAGGGAUAAAGGACAUCGAAGCCCUGCCACCGCCUCAAGAAAACAAGGAUGCUCUGAGAUACAAAGAUGGUGUUAGCUACUUCAUCUGCACGAGACCCGGCAGAGGACCUGUGUUGCUCUCCGACGAAACUCAGGCUCUUCUGGACCCGCAAACUGGGCUUCCCAAAUAA